AUGUCCAUUUUCAGGCCUUCAACAAGCAACGCCGUUAAGAAACCGCGGAAGAAAGAUGCUCCAAUGUUCCUCAAAGAUUAUGAAAGAAAACUUAUUUUGGAAAAGGGCGGUGAUAUCAGCGAAGAAGAGGAAAAUGCUGAGGAAAUUCCGGGACCUGGAUAUUACGAGCAGCAGGAGUCCAUCAAGAAAGAGCUAAAAGCAGUGCUCGCUGAACAGGGCAGUGAUAACGAGGACUCCGAGCCACUGUUAAAACACCGUGUCAAAACCGAGCAGCAGCUGAAAAAAGAGGAAGACGACUACUACGAGUGGUUGAAAGGGCAAAAGGACAGUGAUUUACCGCCAUCUGGUGCCGAAGAAUUGGUAAGAAUUCAUUGUUUCACCCAUGCUUUCAAGUUACUUUACUUUGCUGUGGUCGGCUAA